UGACCGGUCUUGUUUUUGAACUCGGAACGAAAAGUUUUCAUUCAGUACAAAAAUAGCCACCGUUCAACGAUUAUUUCCUCCAGACAGUUGCGUUGUUAAUUAUUAUUUAUACAAAUAUAUAUAGUUAUAUAUUAUUGCUACGUUAUAAACUUAAAGUAUAUUAUUGAAUUUUUUAAUACUCCGAAAUCAUAAUUUUCUCCGAAAAACAGGCGAUAUUAUAAUGAGCGACCGUAGUAGAUUCGCGUUCGGCAACCUGGCCCAGACACCUCAGUACCAGAAUCGCUGCGCUCUGUGUUUGACCACGAACCCGGACGACAGUAACGUGACGGGUGUCUGCCAGCACACCGCUAGCGUCGAGUCGGCGUUACAUUAUCUGCGAAAUUACGGGGCCCCGACCAGCCCGCCGUACAGCUCGUCACCGUAUCACGGCCAGGACGCAGGAUCGGCGACGACGGCACCAGCAUACCCGGCGUUCGGUAGCUGUUCCCCGCCCGUUUCGCCCAACUACUACACGCUCGCCGAGUUCCUGUUGCGCAUGAACCGCAUGCAACAGGAGAGCAACGGUGGCCACCAUCACUUGCGCCAACAUCCGAUUUCGUCCAGGCCGCCCAAGUCCAAGUCCGAGAUGGGAUGCCUGCGCGAGUGCGCGUUCUGCAAGAGCAACGGCGAGACGGCCGAGUUCUACAAGUCGCACUUCCUCAAGGACCCCGUCGGCCGAGUCAGAUGCCCGAUACUGCAACGGUAUCAAUGUCCGUUUUGUUAUGCAACUGGAGAGAACGCACACACAAGACGUUACUGUCCAAAAAAUCCAAAUAAAAUGUGUUUUAUUAAAGGAGAUCAACUUGUUAAGCAAAAUUUGCAAUGAAAAAUAAAUAUUAUUGUUUAUAUGUUUAGUUAAUAUAUUAUUAAAUAAUUGUUUUUGGAUUCAAUAAUUAUAGUAAUUAAUAAUGAAAAUGUUAUUAAUGGUUUUAUGAAUAGAUAACUACAAUUAUAUUUAAAAAUAAUUUUACAUAGUUUAACAUGAUAUUAUCAGUAUAAAUUUGAGUUUUAUUUUCUGAUUGAUUGUAAACAACCCGUCUCUAUUGUUUUUAAAUUUAUUAAUUUGUCUAUUUGCAUGAAUGAAAAUAUUAUUUCAAAUAUUAAAAAUUAUUAAAUAUUACAUUUUACAUUAUUGCUUGUUAUAGUAUAUGCAUAUAUAUAUACAUAUAAAUUGUGUUUUGAUUUAAUAAACAAUUUGAAUGAUCAUAAUAACAAAUAAAUCUAUUGUAUUUCCCAUUUUGUGUAUACUAAAUUACAACAUGUAUUCUAAAAAUAUAAAUAAAUAUUAAAAUAUAUACUUAAUUAUUAAA